AUGACUGAAUCCGCCGCCCCUCCAUACGGGCCGUCCGGCAACAUGGAAAAGGCAAUUGAGCCUGCGACCGAGUGGGCGUCUGAUGUUGAUCAUGGCGCUGAGACCGACCUCCAUCGGAGCCUAUCCACCCGUCACAUCACCAUGAUUGCCCUAGGGUCGUCAAUCGGCAUGGGAUUAUGGUUAGGAAGUGGAACAUCACUGGCAAACGGCGGCCCAGCGGCCAUUUUUAUUGGAUACCUGUUAAGUGGUACCAUGAUCUGGUCGGUCAGCCAUUCGAUCGGCGAGAUGGCGGUGAUGUACCCCCUGCCCUCGGCAUUCAUUCAGUGGACAUCUAUCUUCGUUGACCCGGCCGCCUCGUUUGCCCUGGGGUGGGCGUACUGGUUCUCCUACUGGAUCACCAUUGCCAAUGAGCUGCAGGGUGUGGUGACCGUCCUCAGCUUCUGGACCGACAAGGUCCCGACCGCUGCAUGGAUUACCAUCUUCUGGGUAGUAAUAAUUUUGAUAAACGUAUGCGCUGUCAGAUUCUUCGGUGAGGUAGAGGUUGUGUCAUCUUCCAUCAAAUUCGGGUGGAUUAUCGUGGUCAUCAUCUCCCUGAUCGUCGUAUCUGCGGGAGGGGCCCCUGCUGAGGGCCCUAUUGGUUUCCGGUACUGGAACUCCUACGCCUUUACUAACGGGUUCAAAGGGUUCCUCUCUGUCAUGCCUACUUGCAUCUUUGCCAUGUCUGGAUCCGAGAACUGCGCUCUAGUGGCAGCGGAGACCUCCAAUCCCCGGAAAUCUGUCCCUAAAGCCGUGGGAUCAAUCUGGUUGCGCCUCUCCUUGUUCUAUAUCCUAGGCUCCUUGAUGGUCACCAUCACGGUCGACCCCCAUGACCAGAAUCUCUUCGGCGCCUCAGGUGUCAACGCCUCCCCAUUUGUCAUUGCUUAUCGCAAUGCGGGUCUGGAGCCUUUGGCCCACAUCAUGAAUGCAGUGGUCUUUAUCUCUGUCCUGUCCACGGGAAGUAUCUCUGGUUACGCGGGAGCCCGCUCCCUUAUGGGACUGGCUCAUGCGGAAAAGGCACCCAAGAUCUUCGGAAAAGCUGAUAGGGCGGGGCGUCCACUUGCCGGUCUCUUCAUUACUCUCCUCAUCGGAGGUGGCCUAGCCUACCUCAAUGUCAGCAACAGCGGUGCGGAGGUCUUCACCUGGUUCUCCAAUCUGACAUCCCUUUUCACUCUCUUCGGCUGGGCGAUGAUCUGCCUAUCGCACCUGCGUAUGCGGUACGCCUGGAAAGUUCAAGGCCGCGACGCAUCCGACCUUCCGUGGAAAAGCUGGACGUUCCCCUACGGCGCGAUCUGGGGGUUGUUCUGGUGUUUCUUGUUGAUUAUCGCAGAGUUCUAUUUGAGUCUUUGGCCUCUCAAGGGACAGACCACUGCCAAGAACUUCUUCGCGAACUAUGUUAGUGUGGUUGCCAUCGUGGUCAUAUAUAUCGGGGCCAAGAUUUACUACCGCGGACCUUUCUGGGUGGACGCCCGGACGAUUGAUCUCGACGGUCCCCGGCGGUUCUACGCCAAAACAGCCGAUGAGGAGACUGCGGGAGACAAGAAGGGUGCCCUAAGGUAUGUCUCCAAAGCUGCCAACUUCGUGUUCAAUUAA